CUCUUUCCCUUAGUAACAGCUUUUACCUUCUGCCUCAAUUCCUCUCCCAGCUCGCGCCCUUCCCCCGCGCGCCUCCUCCCCCCGCCGCCGGCCGCGUGCGCCCCCGCCCCUCCCCCCGCGGCGGGAGCACCUCCGCUCGCCACCUGGGGACCCGCGCCGCGCUCCCCGCCCCCGCCCGCCGGCGCCCAUCCCCCGCGCCCUCCGCUCGCCGGGGUUAUAAUUGCCUCUCACCCCCCGGAGGGGUUAUUUUGGGGUGGUUGGAGGCGGCGGCGGCGAGGAGGGGAAUUUCCUUGUGCCUCCAUUCCCGGGAGGGGGGAGCGGCGUCGGAGGCCACCGUUUCCAGCAUCAGCAACAGCAACUUGUGAUUGGUGGUACCGGAUAUUCAGUUGUACAUCCCCACAUCAAUGCACUGCCAAUGGGUUAUAUCCUGUGUUGUGACCUCAUGGUUUAAGUGGGAAUAAAGAUGAGUAUAAGCAGUGAUGAGGUCAACUUCUUGGUAUAUAGAUACUUGCAAGAGUCAGGAUUUUCUCAUUCGGCGUUUACCUUUGGUAUAGAAAGCCAUAUCAGUCAAUCAAACAUAAAUGGUGCCCUUGUCCCACCUGCUGCAUUGAUUUCUAUCAUCCAGAAAGGUCUACAGUAUGUAGAGGCAGAAGUUAGUAUUAAUGAGGAUGGUACCUUGUUUGAUGGUCGACCAAUAGAGUCUCUGUCACUGAUAGAUGCCGUAAUGCCUGAUGUAGUACAAACAAGACAACAAGCUUACAGAGACAAGCUUGCACAGCAACAAGCAGCAGCUGCAGCAGCUGCAGCAGCUGCCACGAACCAACAAGGAUCUGCAAAAAAUGGAGAAAACACAGCAAAUGGAGAGGAGAAUGGGGCACAUACUAUAGCAAAUAAUCAUACUGAUAUGAUGGAGGUAGAUGGGGAUGUUGAAAUCCCUCCUAACAAGGCAGUUGUGUUACGGGGCCAUGAAUCUGAAGUGUUCAUCUGUGCCUGGAACCCCGUUAGUGAUCUCUUGGCAUCGGGGUCUGGAGACUCCACAGCAAGAAUCUGGAAUCUUAGUGAAAAUAGCACCAGUGGCUCCACACAGUUAGUACUUCGACAUUGUAUACGAGAAGGAGGGCAAGAUGUCCCCAGCAACAAGGACGUGACUUCUCUAGAUUGGAAUAGUGAAGGUACACUUCUAGCAACUGGUUCAUACGAUGGGUUUGCCAGAAUAUGGACUAAAGAUGGUAACCUUGCUAGCACCUUAGGGCAGCAUAAAGGCCCUAUAUUUGCAUUAAAAUGGAAUAAGAAAGGAAAUUUCAUCCUAAGUGCUGGAGUAGACAAGACAACAAUUAUUUGGGAUGCACACACUGGUGAAGCCAAGCAACAGUUUCCUUUUCAUUCAGCACCAGCAUUGGAUGUUGACUGGCAGAGCAACAACACCUUUGCCUCUUGUAGUACGGAUAUGUGCAUUCAUGUCUGCAAAUUAGGACAAGACAGACCUAUUAAAACAUUCCAGGGACACACGAAUGAAGUAAAUGCUAUCAAAUGGGACCCAACUGGCAAUCUCCUGGCCUCUUGUUCUGAUGACAUGACUUUGAAGAUAUGGAGUAUGAAACAAGACAAUUGUGUCCAUGAUUUGCAAGCACAUAAUAAAGAAAUUUAUACUAUCAAGUGGAGUCCAACAGGACCAGGGACAAAUAAUCCAAAUGCCAACCUUAUGUUAGCAAGUGCAUCCUUUGACUCUACUGUUAGAUUAUGGGAUGUAGACCGAGGAAUUUGCAUCCAUACCUUGACAAAACACCAAGAGCCUGUGUACAGUGUAGCUUUCAGUCCUGAUGGCAGGUAUCUGGCAAGUGGUUCUUUUGACAAAUGUGUGCACAUCUGGAACACACAGACAGGUGCUCUAGUUCACAGCUACAGGGGAACAGGUGGAAUUUUUGAAGUUUGCUGGAAUGCAGCAGGAGACAAGGUUGGAGCCAGUGCAUCAGAUGGUUCAAAGAGUGUUGGUGGCCAGGGAAGGGGGAAUAGAGGCAGUUGAGUCCUGCAUUUGAGGAAUAUGUGAUACUGAGAGACUUUUCAGGGUUUGUGUAUUAGACCUUCGGAAAUAGCGCUACUAGUUGGAAGCCAUGGACCGACUAUGAAUGUGUACAUAGCCAAAUUGACUGUCCCUGACCCAUGUACUGCUAUCGUCCCACUUGAACCAUGGCCAGUCCACUACAGCCAAAUCUAAAAGAAAUAUAUACAUACAGUGUAUAUACACAAAAUUGCACCCUGAAGACGACAGAAUUUUGUCACAGCUUGUGAAUUCUGUUCACCAAGUGCUGGAAUCUAAUCUGCUGUGCCCCUAAAAUAGCAUUUAGAAGUUUUGGAUAUGAAAAACAGAAGAAAGAAAUAUGCAUUAUAAAAGCAGACCAUACAUGUACCAGUUUUUGGAUACUAAUGACAGCCUUGUUUCUCCCCUUUGAAUCAGCAGACAUCAUGGAUUAUAUUCUUUUCUUUCCUUCAAUAGUUGAGCAGUUUGUAUGUACAGAGAAAAUGGACUUACAAAAACUUGCAGCAGUAGUUUGUUCUUGCUUUUAAACUUUUGUUUUUGGUUUAGUUUAUGGAUGCAUGAAGUAAGGGAGUGAAUCAGUUUCUUGUUUAUAUUUUUUUCACAAUUUACAAAAAUUAUUAAAAAAAUAUUUUAAUGCAUUCUUUUGAAAAGAUAAAUGUUUGGUACCUUUUAUGGCUCCCAGAGCAUAUAUUCAAUUGGUGCAUGUUGUGGAAGGGGAAAUUGGAAAUUAAUGAAAAUAUAUGACUUUGGUCACGUCAAUCUGUAAGACACAUCAGUAAAAGGGUAUUAUGCUCUGUUCUUUUUUGUUUGUUUUAUUUCGUUUUGUUUUAUUUUGUGAUGUGGCUUAAAUGAAGUAGUUUCUAUUUUGGGACAUAUUUCUGCCAAUUAAAGACUAGGAGGGCACAAAUUUUUUUAAAAAAAUACCAUAGAGAAGAUGCAAAAAAAAGUCUUCUGAAGUUUUGUAGCCAUAACUAAAUUAUGGUUAAAAUGUGCACUAUUGUAAAAGGAGCAAAGUAGGUUUGGGGUUUUUGUUGUUUGUUUAUUUGUUUGUUUUGCUUUGUUUUUUAAGAGAUUAAAAUGUUUCUGGAUAAGGAUUAGCUUCUCAAAAGUGUCCAUCAUUCUGUGUAGAAGCUUAAAUAUGUAAUAUAACCAAACUCCAGUAUUAAAAAUCUCUCAUGUUACUUUUCUUUAUACAAAGCAAGAUAACGGCAUAUAACACUGCCAUUACGUGGCAAAAUGUUAGCUAUCUUAGUUUAAAAACAAUCUUUAAAACAAGACUUGCUUCAAGGUGUUUUUAAAUAGCAGUGAUUCCUAUUUUCUUUUUUAAAUGUAUAAUUGCACUAACUUCCCUGCUGCUCUGAUUCUGCAUUUGUGGUACUUGUGACUACAUUUUUUUUUUUUUCAAAUAUAGAUAGAUUUAAGCUGCUAUUUUUUUUUUUUUCAGUAAUCACUACUAUAUCAUGUCUUUUAUUAUGUUUAUAAUAUCAAGUAUUUUCUUAAGGAUGUAGGUAUCAGAUCAAACCUCCUCUUGUGCUCAUGCAACUAAAAGCGAAAAUUUAGAGAAUUGACCAAUGAUAGCAUGGGGCUGUGUUCGUAUGUGUGAUUAACAAGUUUGUCCUGGUUAAGGUGAGAAGCCAGAACUGUCAGUUUUGAACAGAACAGUUGUCAAAUUUAUCUCUCAAAGAUUUUAAUUAAGGAAUCGCUUAGCAAAUUUAUAACACUAUUCCCAUUACUAAUUAUUUGAGGCCUUUACUACUAAAAUUUUAUUAACCUCUGUUUUAAGUAUAAAGUGAUUUAGCCCAAGUAAUGCAGCUUUGAUUUUCAGCAUUUGUUGUUUUGCUAUUUUCACAUAAGAGCAUUGAUUGAAGCAAGUCUUGGUUUUACUAAGGUAGGAUAGCAUUUGCUAUUGUUAAAGAAAAUAAAUACACUUAAUUCCAUAAUACAUUGUUAUAUGUACCCCAGUUGUUGUUAGUGGGGACUAUGAUACUGUAAUAAUAUUUUUAAAAAUUUACAUCCAGAGAGGCAGUCAUUUAUGAUGGUUUUGUGCCAGCUGUUUUUAGGGUUUGGAUCACAUUAUAGAUACUUAGAACUAUUACCCUGUGACUUAUGUAGGAAACCUAAUAUGCUGAGUAUCUGGCACUUGAAAUCCUGCUUUUAUUGCUGGAGGUCCACAUCUGUGGUUAACCUCUGUUGUUGUUUUAAAAAAAUAAAUAAAAAUAAAAAAAAUCUGUGCAAUAAUUUUUAAAUGUGCUCCCAGGAAUAGACACAAAUGUUUUGCGUAUGUUUAAGCUGCAUUUUCCUUUAGCGAUGCAUUUGUCAAUUGCACUGAAUUUAAAUCUGAAAGUCAGAGGUGAUUAUUGAUAGUACUUUUGUAUUUUGAUAUUGACAAUUUAUUCAUUUGCAUACAGUUAUUAACUUCUCCCCCAGCUGAUUAAAAGAUGGUCAAGUAGUUCUGCAGUAUAGCUGCCAAAUAGCUACAUUUUUAUGGUAUUGUCAUCUUUUCUGUUUUUAUUUUUUUUAUUUUUAGCUGUUUUACUUAAGCAUAAUAGCCACAAUAGGACAUAUGAAAAAUUAUAAAUACAGAGCUUUAUUAUCCUGAUGUCUUGGGUCUUUUAGGUGUAAACUUUAUCUGGAAGGUAUCCAUUUUGUAGGCUUGGGUUCUUUGUGAGCAUACAAUUGUUUAUUUUUGCUGCUGUUCUCAACAUCAUCAUUGCCUGCUGAUGUGCCACGAUGCUGCUCCAGUAGAUAAAAAGCAGAUUGCCUCUAAUUUGAGCAGUAACAUGAUUGUAAGAGACCAAGUUUCACAGCAAGUAAAGUUUUAUAUUUGAAGUUCUUGCUCAUUUUUUUCCGACAACUUAUUCCUGAAGUUCAACUGACUCCAGUAGAUUUUCUGUGGUAUUCAUUAUAUAUCGUUGUUUAGGCUACUGUUAAGAAGCUUAUCAUAAGGAAAAAUAGAAAGGAAAACUUGAAUGAAUAGAAUAUUCACUGAUUAAAAUAGAAUAAAGAGCAGCUGUCACUCCUAAACAUCAUAAGGGAUCUUACUUCUUCUCCAUGUAGGAAAUCCCCUAAGCUCUUAUAUUUGAUCCAGUCCCCAUUUCCUGUUGUUGAUCAGGUACCAUCAUUGACGUUCAAAUGGCUUUUAGAAGUGGUAACUUUUAAUUUCCUGCUAGGUCUUAGAGUGUAUUGAAUUCUGUUUUAAUUAUUCUCUAAGUAUGUUUUAGGAUUAAACCCCUUUUAUAGAUACUGAAAGUGCCUCCUUUUGUGAUGUAAAAAACAAAUAUGGUGCAAAAGUAAUCAUAAGAUUGAAUUACAUGAAGGGUGGUGGUUUUGUUUUUGUUUGCUUUUUGACAUAUAAAAAUGUCAAGAGAAAGGCCAAAGAUUUGUACAUUUUCACUUAUAAAGCACUCCUUUUUCCUUAAACUUCUUUCUGUCAAAUUAGAUUUAAUGAAAGAGUACUAUUUUUAAGGAGCUGUUUAUGUAGAAUGAUUUUGUUAAGAGUAAUGUAAACUAUUGAAUAGAGGCCUGAAGAGGAGUAUGCAUUUUUGCUAUUUAAAGGAAUCACAAAUGAUCAUCCUUAUGUGAACAGGAAAAAUAAAUUUCAAAUGUAGUGCUGUUUAUCUUCUCAAAACAGUUUUCAUUUUCAUAAGUGCAUUUGUUCACUUAGAUAGAACCUGCAUUUAUUCUCACAUGCUAAGGAUGGUACUUGCAUUUGGUGAGUUACUGUUGACAGUUUCCACAGAAUCCUACUCAGUGGACCAACAUUGUGGCAUGGCAGCAAAUGCCAACAUUUUGGGGAAUAGCAGCAAAUCUACAAGAGACCCUGGUUGGUUUGUGGGUUUAUUUGUUUUUUUCCCUUCUGAAUCAGCAGGGAUGGAAGAAGGGUAGGGAAGUUAUGAAUUAUUACUCCUUCCCAUAGUAGCUCUGAAGUGUCACAUUCAAUAUCUGUUUUGUUUUAACAUGAUUCUAGUUAAUAUAGAGGAGAGAGAGAAAACAGGAAGCGUUCACUUUUUAAAAUACACUGAUUUAGAAAUUUGAUGUCUUAUAUCAGUAGUUCUGAAGUAUUAGUAGCGUUCUUUAUUUCUGCCUUUAUGUUGACAGUGUUGAAGCAGGGUGAAUAACUGAGGCUUUUUUUUUUUUCUUCUUUCUAGUAAGCUGUUUCAUGAUGUUUUCUUUGGAUUUUUUGGAUAAGUUCAAAAAAACAUUCUGCAUGUUAUAUCUAGUCUGAUGUACUUAUCCAUUUCAUUAAAAACAAAAACACAGACUGCAUUUUGUAGCUCUGUAAUCCCUAAAUACAGAAGUGAUUUUCUUCUUUCCUGACUUUGACAUUGUAGUUGUAAUGUUCUAAUUUUGAUUUUUACAAAUCCUUUGGGUCUAAUUCUGUGAGCCUACCUAUAGCACUGGAUUAAAAUGUCUGCAUCAUUUCUUUAGUUAUCCAGUUAACUUUAAAACUGUUGUAAAAGUGUAAACCAGCCCAUGACAGUUUUUUGUACAUGUUGAAGAACUUUAUUGUUCAGUUUUCAUGAUUAUUGUGUAAGGAAGACUGAUUAUAGAUGUUCUAUGCUGUCCUGGACCAUGUCAGUUACACUUACGAUGUAUUUUGGUUCCACAUCACAAUGAUUUGUCCCCAAUGACCCUUUAUCCUUUCUAGGCACAUUUUUUGUUGUUGUUGUUGUUGCAGUUCCCCUUUGCAUUGUAUUGCUUUGACAACUGUAAUUUGAAUCAGAUCUGAAAGAGGUCCAGAAUAAAAUAUAUUUUGAUAUUA